GGAGGUAGCGCGGUUGCCGUCGCCCGGCGCCGCCCCGUCGUCGUCUGCCUUAGCCUCACGGCGCCCAGCCGCGAUCCGAGUUCUCUUUGCAAUGGAAAGAGGAAAGAGAAAUUAGAAUUGUUUUUUAAAUUGUCAUUUGAUUUCUUCAGAGUUAUUGUGGCCUUCUGAACUAUCCAUGGUUGGUUGAAUCUGGAUGUGGAACCCACUGACAUGGAUGGCUGACUGUAUUGCAGAACUGGGGUUCCUUUGCAUCUUCCAGUUACAAAUUCAGUGCCUUCUGCAGUUUCCCCAGAGCUCCUCAAGAAUAACGGAAGAAUAUGACAGAUACCUAGCAUCUAGCAAAAUAAUGGCAGCUGCUUACCUUGACCCCAACUUGAAUCACACACCAAAUUCGAGUACUAAGACUCACCUGGGUACUGGUAUGGAACGUUCUCCUGGUGCGAUGGAGCGAGUAUUAAAGGUCUUUCAUUAUUUUGAAAGCAAUAGUGAGCCAACCACCUGGGCCAGUAUUAUCAGGCAUGGAGAUGCUACUGAUGUCAGGGGCAUCAUUCAGAAGAUAGUGGACAGUCACAAAGUAAAGCAUGUGGCCUGCUAUGGAUUCCGCCUCAGUCACCUGCGGUCAGAGGAGGUUCACUGGCUUCACGUGGAUAUGGGCGUCUCCAGUGUGAGGGAGAAGUAUGAGCUUGCCCACCCACCAGAGGAGUGGAAAUAUGAAUUGAGAAUUCGUUAUUUGCCAAAAGGAUUUCUAAACCAGUUUACUGAAGAUAAGCCAACUUUGAAUUUCUUCUAUCAACAGGUGAAGAGCGAUUAUAUGUUAGAGAUAGCUGAUCAAGUGGACCAGGAAAUUGCUUUGAAGUUGGGUUGUCUAGAAAUACGGCGAUCAUACUGGGAGAUGCGGGGCAAUGCCCUAGAAAAGAAGUCUAACUAUGAAGUAUUAGAAAAAGAUGUUGGUUUAAAGCGAUUUUUUCCUAAGAGUUUACUGGAUUCUGUCAAGGCCAAAACACUAAGAAAACUGAUCCAACAAACAUUUAGACAAUUCGCCAACCUUAAUAGAGAAGAAAGUAUUCUGAAAUUCUUUGAGAUCCUGUCUCCAGUCUACAGAUUUGAUAAGGAAUGCUUCAAGUGUGCUCUUGGUUCAAGCUGGAUUAUUUCAGUGGAAUUGGCAAUCGGCCCAGAAGAAGGGAUCAGUUACCUAACGGACAAGGGCUGCAAUCCCACACAUCUUGCUGACUUCACUCAAGUGCAGACCAUUCAGUAUUCAAACAGUGAAGAUAAGGACAGAAAAGGAAUGCUACAACUAAAAAUAGCAGGUGCACCCGAGCCUCUGACAGUGACGGCACCAUCCCUAACCAUUGCGGAGAAUAUGGCUGACCUGAUAGAUGGGUAUUGCCGGCUGGUGAAUGGAGCCUCGCAGUCAUUUAUCAUCAGACCCCAGAAAGAAGGUGAACGGGCUUUGCCAUCAAUACCAAAGUUGGCCAACAGCGAAAAGCAAGGCAUGCGGACACACGCCGUCUCUGUGUCAGGAGUCAGUCACUGCCAACAUAAAGUUAAGAAAGCUAGGCGCUUUCUCCCUUUGGUCUUCUGUUCCCAUGAUCCUCCUUCUACGGAUGAAAUUAGUGGGGACGCAGUCAUUCAGAGUAUCACUGGGUAUUGUCCUCACUGUUUUGCAGAAACAGAUGAUUAUGCUGAGAUUAUAGAUGAAGAAGAUACUUACACCAUGCCCUCAAAAAGCUAUGGAAUAGAUGAAGCCAGGGAUUAUGAGAUUCAAAGAGAAAGAAUAGAACUUGGACGAUGUAUUGGAGAAGGCCAAUUUGGAGAUGUACAUCAAGGCGUUUAUAUGAGUCCAGAGAAUCCAGCUUUGGCGGUUGCAAUUAAAACAUGUAAAAACUGUACUUCGGACAGCGUGAGAGAGAAAUUUCUUCAAGAAGCCUUAACAAUGCGUCAGUUUGACCAUCCUCAUAUUGUGAAGCUGAUUGGAGUCAUCACAGAGAAUCCUGUCUGGAUAAUCAUGGAGCUGUGCACACUUGGAGAGCUGAGGUCGUUUUUGCAAGUAAGGAAAUACAGUUUGGAUCUAGCAUCUUUGAUCCUGUAUGCCUAUCAGCUUAGUACAGCUCUUGCAUAUCUAGAGAGCAAAAGAUUUGUACACAGGGACAUUGCUGCUCGGAAUGUUCUGGUGUCCUCAAAUGAUUGUGUAAAAUUAGGAGACUUUGGAUUAUCCCGAUAUAUGGAAGAUAGUACUUACUACAAAGCUUCCAAAGGAAAAUUGCCUAUUAAAUGGAUGGCUCCAGAGUCAAUCAAUUUUCGACGUUUUACCUCAGCUAGUGACGUAUGGAUGUUUGGUGUGUGUAUGUGGGAGAUACUGAUGCAUGGUGUGAAGCCUUUUCAAGGAGUGAAGAACAAUGAUGUAAUCGGUCGAAUUGAAAAUGGGGAAAGAUUACCAAUGCCUCCAAAUUGUCCUCCUACCCUCUACAGCCUUAUGACGAAAUGCUGGGCCUAUGACCCCAGCAGGCGGCCCAGGUUUACUGAACUUAAAGCUCAGCUCAGCACAAUCCUGGAGGAAGAGAAGGCUCAGCAAGAAGAACGCAUGAGGAUGGAGUCCAGAAGACAGGCCACAGUGUCCUGGGACUCCGGAGGGUCUGAUGAAGCGCCACCCAAGCCCAGCAGACCGGGUUAUCCUAGUCCGAGGUCCAGCGAAGGAUUUUAUCCCAGCCCACAGCACAUGGUACAAACCAAUCAUUACCAGGUUUCUGGCUACCCUGGUUCACAUGGAAUCACAGCCAUGGCUGGCAGCAUCUAUCCAGGUCAGGCAUCUCUUUUGGACCAAACAGAUUCAUGGAAUCAUAGACCUCAGGAGAUAGCAAUGUGGCAGCCCAAUGUGGAGGACUCUACAGCAUUGGACCUGCGAGGGAUUGGGCAAGUGUUGCCAACCCACCUGAUGGAAGAGCGGCUAAUCCGACAGCAACAGGAAAUGGAAGAAGAUCAGCGCUGGCUGGAAAAAGAGGAAAGAUUUCUGAAACCUGAUGUGAGACUCUCUCGAGGCAGUAUUGACAGGGAGGAUGGAAGUCUUCAGGGUCCGAUUGGAAACCAACAUAUAUAUCAGCCUGUGGGUAAACCAGAUCCUGCAGCUCCACCAAAGAAACCGCCUCGCCCUGGAGCUCCCGGUCACCUGGGAAGCCUUGCCAGCCUCAGCAGCCCUGCUGACAGCUACAACGAGGGUGUCAAGCCAUGGAGGCUUCAGCCCCAGGAAAUCAGCCCCCCUCCUACUGCCAACCUGGACCGGUCAAAUGAUAAGGUGUACGAGAAUGUGACGGGCCUGGUGAAAGCUGUCAUCGAGAUGUCCAGUAAAAUCCAGCCAGCCCCACCAGAGGAGUAUGUCCCUAUGGUGAAGGAAGUCGGCUUGGCCCUGAGGACGUUAUUGGCCACUGUGGAUGAGACCAUUCCCCUCCUACCAGCCAGCACCCACCGAGAGAUUGAGAUGGCACAGAAACUAUUAAACUCUGACCUGGGUGAGCUCAUCAACAAGAUGAAACUGGCCCAGCAGUAUGUCAUGACCAGUCUCCAGCAAGAGUACAAAAAGCAAAUGCUGACUGCUGCUCACGCCCUGGCUGUGGAUGCCAAAAACUUACUCGAUGUCAUUGACCAAGCAAGACUGAAAAUGCUUGGGCAGACGAGACCACACUGAGCCUCCCCUGGGAGCACGUCUUGCUACCCUCUUUUGAAGAUGUUCUCUAGCCUUCCACCAGCAGCGAGGAAUUAACCCUCUGUCCUCGGUCGCCAGCACUUAACAGCUCCAACUUUUUUGAAUGACCAUCUGGUUGAAAAUCUUUCUCAUAUAAGUUUAGUCACACUUUGAUUUGGGUUCAUUUUUUGUUUUGUUUUUUUUCAAUCAUGAUAUUCAGAAAUGUCCAGGAUCCAAAAUGUGGCAUUUUUCUAGGAAUGAAAAUUGUACAUGAGCUUUUAAGCAUCAUGAAGAACAGUUUAUGUUCACAUUAAGAUACGUUCUAAUGGGGAUGGCCAGGGGGUGACAUCUUAAUUCCUAAACUACCUUAGCUGCAUAGUGGAAGAGGAGAGCAUGAAGCAAAGAAUUCCGGGAAACCCAAGAGGCUGAGAAUUCUUUUGUUUACCAUAGAAUUAUUAUCCAGACUGGAAUUUUUGUUUGUUAGAACACCCUUCAGUUGCAAUAUGCUAAUCCCACUUUACAAAGAAAGAAUAUAAAAGCUAUAUUUUGAAGACUUGAGUUAUUUCAGAAAAAACUACAGCCCUUUUUGUCUUACCUGCCUUUUACUUUCGUGUGGAUAUGUGAAGCAUUGGGUCGGGAACUAGCUGUAGAACACAACUAAAAACUCUUGUCUUUUUUCACAGAAUAAUGUGCCAGUUUUUUGUAGCAAUGUUAUUUCUCUUGGAAGCAGAAAUGCUUUGUACCAGAGCACCUCCAAACUGCAUUGAGGAGAAGUUCCAGAACCAUCCCCUUUUUCCAUUUUUAUAUAAUUUAUAAAGAAAGAUUAAAGCCAUGUUGACUAUUUUACAGCCACUGGAGUUAACUAACCCUUCCUUGUAUCUGUCUUCCCAGGAGAGAAUGAAGCAAAACAGGAAUUUGGUUUUCUUUUGAUGUCCAGUUACACCAUCCAUUCUGUUAAUUUUGAAAAAAAUAUACCCUCCCUUUAGUUUGUUGGGGGAUAUAAAUUAUUCUCAGGAAGAAUAUAAUGAACUGUACAGUUACUUUGACCUAUUAAAAAGGUGUUACCAGUAAA